CCGUUGCUGAUGAGGGAACGGCGAAGCGAACCCUGCCGGACCAAGCUGCUGCGCCGCACGGUCAGCGUCCCUGUGGAGGGGCGGCCUGAGCACGAACACCACGUGAGCCGCUCCCGGAGGAAGAGCGUCCCUGCAGGGAAGCAAUACAGCAUCAACAUGGACGCACCCCCGGCACCCCCAUUCCGGCCCUCGCAGGGCUUCCUGAGCCGGCGUUUGAAGAGCUCCAUCAAACGGACAAAGAGCCAGCCCAAACUGGACCGGACCAGCAGUUUCCGCCAGAUCCUGCCACGGUUCCGAAGUGCUGACCAUGACAGAGCCCGCCUCAUGCAGAGCUUCAAGGAGUCUCACUCCCACGAGUCCCUGCUGAGCCCUAGCAGCGCGGCUGAGGCCCUGGAGCUCAACCUGGAUGAGGACUCCAUCAUCAAACCCGUGCACAGCAGCAUCCUGGGCCAGGAGUUUUGCUUUGAGGUCACCACUGCGUCCGGCACCAAGUGCUUUGCUUGCCGCUCAGCCGCAGAGCGCGACAAGUGGAUCGAGAACCUGCAGCGAGCCGUGAAACCCAACAAGGAUAACAGCCGGCGGGUGGACAAUGUGCUGAAGCUGUGGAUCAUUGAGGCACGGGAGCUGCCACCCAAGAAGCGCUAUUACUGCGAGCUGUGCCUCGACGACAUGCUCUACGCCCGCACCACCAGCAAGAUGCGCACGGACAAUGUCUUCUGGGGCGAGCACUUCGAGUUCAACAACCUGCCAGCCGUGCGCACCAUCCGCCUGCACGUCUACAAGGACACGGACAAGAAGCGCAAGAAGGACAAGAGCAACUACGUGGGCAUGGUCAGCAUCCCCAUUGCCAGCGUCACCGGGCGCCACUUCGCCGAGCAGUGGUACCCGCUCAGCCAGCCCAGCACCAGCAAGAGCAAGGCCGGCUGCCCUGCUGUGCGUGUCAAGAGCCGCUUCCAGACCAUGAGCAUCCUCCCCAUGGAGCUGUACAAGGAGUUUGCUGAGUAUGUGACCAACAACUACCGCAUGCUGUGUGCCGUGCUGGAGCCGGUCCUGAGCGUCAAGAGCAAGGAGGAAGUGGCCUGCGCGCUGGUGCACAUCCUGCAGAGCACUGGCAAAGCCAAGGAUUUCCUCUCGGACAUGGCCAUGACGGAAGUUGAUCGGUUCAUGGACCGGGAGCACUUGAUAUUCCGGGAGAACACCCUGGCCACGAAAGCCAUAGAGGAGUAUCUGAAACUCAUUGGCCAGAAAUACCUCAAGGACGCCAUCGGCGAGUUCAUCCGGGCGCUCUACGAGUCAGAGGAGAACUGUGAGGUUGACCCCAUGAAAUGCUCCUCGUCCACCCUGCCUGACCACCAGGCCAACCUGCGUAUGUGCUGUGAGCUGGCGCUUUGCAAGGUCGUCAAUUCGCACUGCGUGUUCCCACGGGAGCUGAAGGAGGUGUUUGCCUCGUGGCGUCUGCGCUGCGCUGAGAGGGGCCGUGAGGACAUCGCUGACCGGCUGAUCAGUGCCUCGCUCUUCUUGCGCUUCCUGUGCCCGGCGGUCAUGUCGCCCAGCCUCUUUGGGCUCAUGCAGGAGUACCCGGACGAGCAGACGUCCCGCACGCUGACCCUCAUCGCCAAAGUCAUCCAGAACCUGGCCAACUUCAGCAAGUUCGGCAGCAAGGAGGAGUACAUGGCAUUCAUGAACGAAUUCCUGGAGCUGGAGUGGGCCAGCAUGCAGCAGUUCCUCUAUGAGAUCUCAAACCUCGACACUCUGACCAACAGCAGCAGCUUUGAGGGCUACAUUGACCUGGGCCGCGAGCUCUCUACGCUGCAUGCUCUGCUCUGGGAGGUCAUGCCCCAGCUCAGCAAGGAAGCCCUGAUCAAGCUGGGCCCCCUGCCUCGGCUGCUCAACGACAUCAGCGUCGCUCUCAGGAACCCGCACAUCCAGCGGCAGCCAAGUCACCAGGGGGAGCGGCUGCAGACUAAGCCCAUCAUCCUGCGGGGGCCAUCCUCUGACAUGCAGCCCUACAUGAUGCGUGACCUCAACAGCUCCGUCGAUCUGCAGCCCUACGUGGUGCGGGGCCUCAACAGCUCCAUGGACAUGACCCGAUUGCCUUCGCCCACCAAGGAGAAGGGCUCCAAGGACAUGUUCUUUGUGACGCGUCCGCCCCUGGCCCGCUCCUCGCCUGCCUACUGCACCAGCAGCUCCGACAUAACUGAGCCCGACCAGAAGAUGCUGAGUGUCAACAAGAGCGUCUCGAUGCUGGACCUGCAGGACAGCCGCAUGAACAGCGUCUCCAACCUGCAGAGUGUGGGCGACAUGCUCAACAGUAGCCAGGCCUCCAUCACCGCGGCCAUGGGACUGCGGCCCAGUCGCCUCUCGCAGGGCAGUGGCUCCAGCAUCGCGGCUGGCCUGCGGCUGAGCCACAUGGGCGUCACCACUGAUGGGGCUGCAGCCCAGCAGCUUAGGGUGCCCCUCUCCUUCCAGAACCCCCUCUUCCACAUGGCCUCAGACGGGCCUUCAGCCGCACCCUCGCACCGGCCGUCUGAGGGCAACCCCGACACCUUUGCCCCCUUCCACGGCUACAGCAAAAGCGAGGAUCUGUCCGCCAGUAAGCACAUCAUCCACAGCCACAGCUACAGUGAUGAGUUCACCCGCCAGGGCUCCGAGUUCACCAAGCGCCAGCUCUCGCUGCAGGAGAACCUGCAGAACAUGCUCUCCCCCCCACAGAUCACCAUCGGGCCCCAGCCCCAGCGAGCCCCGCCCCAGCCGCAGCCCCAGGUCCCACUUCAGCGCGGAAAGUCCCAGCAGCUGACGGUCAGCGCUGCCCAGAAACCUCGGCCCUCCAGCGGCAACCUUCUGCAGUCACCCGAGCCCACCUACGGGCCAGCCCGUGCCCGCCAGCAGUCAGUCACCAAGGAGACGCCUUCUGCACUCAAGCCAACCAUUACCAAGCAGCCAUCGCACACGCCUUCCACGCUGAACCCGGUCAUGCCGGCCUCUGAGCGCACCGUGGCCUGGGUUUCUAACAUGCCCCACCUGUCAGCCGACAUCGAGAGCUCCCACAUUGAGCGCGAGGAGUACAAGCUGAAGGAGUACUCCAAAUCCAUGGAUGAGAGCCGGCUGGACCGGGUGAAGGAAUAUGAGGAGGAGAUCCACUCACUGAAGGAGCGGCUGCACAUGUCGAACCGCAAGCUGGAGGAGUAUGAGCGGCGCCUGAUGUCACAAGAGGAGCAGACCAGCAAAAUCCUGAUGCAGUACCAGCAACGGCUGGAGCAGAGUGAGAAGCGGCUGCGCCAGCAGCAGGUGGAGAAGGACUCACAGAUCAAGAGCAUCAUUGGCAGCCUGUCCCUGCAGGUUGAUGCUGGUGGAGGAGGAGCUGCGCAGGGAUCACUCGGCCGCCCACGACGUCUCCGAACCCCGGAAACGCCUGCUCGACGCUCAGCUUUUCAUCAGGUAACUCUCUCUGACUCUGCUUUUGUCACGUGGAGGGAUCGGGGGGACUCUCGCCGUUCGGUAGCAGAUCAGGAGAGGCAGCUUUCCGCCGUGGGUACAGCAAACCCGCGUUUGAGCGGCGCCUUGGCCCAGCCAUGGAACGGGAUCCUGCCCGCCCAGCCACCGCCUCCGCCCCCGCGACUCCAGAUCACGGAAAAUGGAGAGUUCCGCAACACCGCUGCUGAGCACUAGCCACCGCCCCCGCGAGACGCGGCCCGGGGAAGAUGGGGGGCACCCCCAGCCCGCAGCUCGGCGGGAGCAGCAGAGACCCUGGCAGGGACACAGUGCCCCUCCCAAGCAAAUGAACCUGCACUGGGAGGGCACGCCCUUUGCCCUCUCCCCUUGCACCAGCGCCCCCUCCCACUCCUGCCUCCUUGAACCAGUCCCCCCCCCCCCCCCCACUGUCCUCGGGGACAGUUCAAUGCUUUGAACUCAACUUCAGGGUGUUUUAUAGCAGAACACAGAUGACAAUCUUACACCCCCUCCCAUACACCUUCCCCUCGCCUCCCAGAGGGAGCAGGGCUGACACCUCCGCCCCUCCAUGGACCUCCGCUUCCUUAUGGAGGAAACUGGGACAUUACCUC